GCAGUCUUAUCUGUGGGCCGCAGGGGCUGAUGGGAGCUUUGAGGACCUGUUAGAAACCACGUGGCCCUCGUCUGAUCUCACAGCUCGUCCUUGUUUGGCCUCAGCUGCAUCAGAGCGCCACUUCUCCCCAGGUUCACCAGAGGAAACACCACUGCACAAAAUGCUUUUCCUCCCAGCUGCUGCUCUGUGCUGUCUGUGUUCAGCACUGGUUACCAUGGCAGCAGAACAGCUGAUUCAGGAUGGUCCAACAAUGACCAGGAGAGUUGGAGAAAAAGUCAGUUUUACAUGUGGAGGGAUUAAUCAGUGUAGUAGCUGGAUAUUUUGGAUCCAGAGGAAUCAUGCUAAAACCUUUAAAAUUAUUCUUGCUAUUGAUAAAAGAGAUAAUGCAAUCAGUUCAAAUUAUUACAAUCAUCCUCAGAAAAGAGAUUUCUCAGUUGAGAUUAAUCGUAAUGGCUGCGAGUUGAAGGCACAGAAAGUUAAGAGCGAUCAUUCAGCCACCUACUACUGCGCCUGUUGGGUUUCUGCUCCUCACAGUUACUACUUCGUCUUUGGCUCUGGAACUAAACUGUCUGUAACAGAUGAGCAGGUAGUGAAGCCCGUGGUGAGCGUGUACCCAGCAGCAUCCAGAGCCCACCUGGAGGGGAACAGCUCCCUGCUGUGUGUGGCCUCAGCCAUGUUUCCUCCUCUGGUCCAGUUCUCCUGGAAAAGACAGAAGAAGAACGGCGGAGAACCGGAGGAGCUGCCCCCUGCUGAGGGAGAGCAGCUGGAGCUCAGAGAGUCGGGACGCACCAUUGCCAUCAGGAUGGUUGAUGGCAGUGAUUCUGACACAUAUAAAUACAGCUGCUCGGUGAAGCACGAGGGGGGCACAGUGGAGGCCCAAACACAACAAGAGGUUCCAGCUCCAGCAGCCUCCUGUCCUCCAGAGAGAGAGCCAGCAGACCUGCCAGCUCUGCAGCCAGCUGACUUGUCCUUCCAGUCUCAGUGCAGGGUGAAGCUGCUCUGCCUGCUGUACACAGUGCUGAUAGUGAAGAGUCUGGUGUACUGCUGUGGACUCUCUCUGCUGAUGAUCCUCACAAACAAGGGAGCGUCCACCAACUGCACACAUGCUGACUGACUGUUUUCUGCUCGCCUUUUCUCACCAUCAAAUCUCAUCAAUUCAUCUCAUUCAUCACUUUGAUCAGUAUCACAAAUGUUAGUUAUGAUGUGUUGUGCUUAUUUUGGCUUUUUAUUCAAUAGUUAGAAGAUCAUCUGAAAUAAAUACAUCUUUACAUGUAUUGUUACUCUGAGUUAGAAUUCUUUUUGUACUUAUUGUGACUUUUAUUGUAGUAACAAAAAUCAUCAGGUAUAUUUUUAUCACAAGUUUUC